AUGCCAGUCUGCUUCACCUGCCGAACGGUGCUCCGACGCCAGAUCGACGUCCUCCGAACAUUGCGACAACGCCGACCACAGUCGACCAAGAACGAUCUAGUCGGCAACUCGAAAGGCGGAGAACAGGUCCCGACGCCGAACAAUGUCCCGACGCUCAACUUCUGGCAAAGGCUGGGGCCGUUUACCAGAGUCGCCCAGGCGUAUGCCCGCGCGCAGCGCAAAAGGCCCUACGUGACACAGAUCUGCACCUCGCUGUUCAUCUACCUAUGUUCUGACAUUUCGGCGCAGAGUAUGGGGGGGAAGGACUACGAUCCCACACGAACCGGUCGUUCAUUGCUCAUCGGCUCAAUAUCGUCGAUUCCGAGCUACCACUGGUUCGUCUGGCUUUCCGAAAACUUCAACUACCAAUCCCGCCUAUUAUCGCUCGCAACGAAGGUCGUCGUCAACCAGAUCUGCUUCACCCCGACGUUCAACACAUACUUCUUUGGCAUGCAAGCCUUCUUGUCCGGCGCGACGCUUCCCGAGACGUGGGAGCGCAUCACCAAGACCGUCCCAGUCAGCUGUCUCAAUUCGUGUAAGCUAUGGCCGGCUGUCACGGCAUUUAUGUUCGCCUUCGUCCCCCUCGAGUAUCGGCCGCUAUUUGGCGGGGGGAUUGCCGUUGGGUGGCAGACGUAUCUCAACUAUCUCAACCGUCGCGCCGAGCAAAGCAUGGAAAGGCAAGCGCGGGAAUUGGAGGAUACCCUUGCCAUUGUUUGCUGGCUGCCCCCGGCUGCCGGUCCUAACAUGGCGGGUUCAUAUCUCAGGGCCCGAAGCAGCCUCGCAAGCGCUGUGCGGCCCUUUACGCGCCCACAACCGCGACUCCAAAGCCGUGUCCCACAGCGAUUCGCCUCGACGACUUCCUCAACAAAACGUCCUCCGUCUACAACCCGCAACGUCUUAGCCACAACCCUUCUGGGGACGACCGCUGUGCUCGCAUACUACUAUGGAACCGACACCCGCGCGUCCUUCCAUCAAUGGCUUGUCCCGCCCCUGAUUCGCGUGUUCUUUCCCGAUGCCGAGGACGCCCAUCACGCCGGCACCGCGGCCCUCAAAACCCUCUACUCAUUCGGCCUCCACCCCCGCGAGCGGCCCUCCCCAGCCGACGGCGAUAUUAGCCCCACGCCAGGGUCCAAUCCCCUUGCGGUUACCGUCUUCGGCACCACCUUGGUCAACCCCAUCGGCAUCUCCGCGGGCCUUGACAAAGACGCCGAGAUCCCGGAUCCCCUUUUUGCGCUCGGGCCGGGCGUUGUCGAGGUUGGCGGGUGCACUCCCUUCCCACAAGACGGUAACCCUCGGCCUCGCGUGUUCCGCAUCCCUGCCAUCGAUGGCCUGAUCAACCGCUACGGGCUCAACUCGCGCGGCGCAGACGCUAUGGCUGCCCGUCUACGCGAGCGCCUGCGAACAUUCGGCCGGGGCCUAGGGUUAACGGAGCACGAGAUUCUGGCGGAAGAGAGCGGUGUCCCGACGGGUAGUCUGCAGCCCGGCCGCCUGCUGUGCGUACAGAUUGCUAAGAACAAGAAGACGGACGAGAAGGACAUGAACGCCGUCAUCCAAGACCACGUGUAUUGCGUGGAGCGGCUAGCGCCUUACGCCGACGUGUUGGUGGUCAACGUUAGCAGUCCUAACACGCCUGGACUGCGAGACCUCCAGGCAGCCGAACCCCUGGCACGACUCCUCGGGGCUGUGGUAGAAACGGCACAACAAACCCGCCGUCACGUAAAACCCCGCGUGAUGGUCAAGGUCUCGCCAGACGAAGAUGACGACACCCAAAUGGAAGGCGUGGUGCAAGCCGUGUGGUCGAGCGGGGUGGACGGAGUCAUUGUGGGCAACACCACGCGGCGAAGGACGGGACUUGUCAAGCAAGGUGUAAAGCUGAGCGGCCAGGAACAGAACACGUUGAUCGAGGACGGUGGGUUCUCCGGCCCAGCCAUGUUUGACCGCACGCUCAGCCUUGUUGGGAGAUACCGCAAGAUGCUGGACAGCUACUCGCUAAAGACGGCUGCCGUGGGGGAUGGGUCCUCGUCACAAAAGGUUAUCUUUGCGACCGGGGGUAUCACCAACGGGGAACAGGUACUGAAGGUGUUGAAUGCGGGUGCGAGCGUGGCAAUGGUCUACACUGGGCUUGUGUAUGGGGGCUCGGGCACAAUUACGCGGAUUAAGAAGGAGAUGCGGGAGAAGCUCGCGGUAAAGGAGACAUGA